AUGUCUGACGAUUCUGAAGGUGUUUCGUGCGAGCUUUGCAAAAUACGUAAAGUCCGUUGCGAUCGUGGCAAGCCAUCAUGCGGCUGGUGUAUUCGCAACAGCCAGGUAUGCGAGUAUCGAGAGCGUAAGAAGCCUGGGUUGCGUGCUGGUUACGGUAGAGAAUUGGAAGCCCGACUAGACAAGUUGGAGAACGUGCUACAGGCACAACAACAGCUCCUGCAGCACUUUACUACCGUGAUUCCCGGCUUGACACCUCAACAGCUCAAUCACCAGUCACCAUCAGCCCUUUCCACUGCACAAUCAGUAGAUCAUGGAGCUCGUUCUGAAGCCGCUCUUUACAUGCAGAGACCAGCCUCAUAUGCCUCAGUCACUUCUCCUGCUUCUGCUAUAACUAAUGCAGGCUUCGGUGCACACGCUAUAAACCCGACCCAAUCCGUGCAGCCGAGCGAACAGUAUCCUCAGUCAUUACAAGAGACACAGCAGCAGCAUGGCACGCCACAUGGUAGGCUCGAGUCUCAUCCCGAGGCUCCUUACGCACCAACCAAUCCACCGCUGGAAUCUCCUAGCCUCAACAUACCUGGUUCCGGUCAGACUGGCAACCUAGUAGGCCUUCAGAUGCAGAUGCCCAGCCAGGUGGCUGCCGGUCAAUACGAUGAGCUACCGCCUUACGAUCUCCUGUACUCUCUUGUCGACCUGUUCUUCAAGCAUGUCAAUACUUGGGCGCCGAUAUUGCACAGACGCAGUACCCUCGACUCUUUGUUCGGUACCUCCAGCCUCGAGGAAGACGACAGAAUACUACUCCAUGCCAUCGUCGCCACGACGCUGAGAUUUUCGAACGAUGUGCGUCUGACAGAGCAAGCCCGAGAAAGAUACUAUUCGAAUUCGAAGCAGAAGGUGUUGCUCUAUGGGCUUGAGAACAGCUCUGUCAAAGCUCUACAGGCUCUAGUCAUUCUAGCCCUGGAUAUAGUCGGAUGCUCGAAUGGUCCUCCCGGUUGGAAUCUGCUCGCUCUGAUUGCUCGUAGCGUGGUUCAACUUGGUUUGGCUGUCGAGACCACAUCGACGUCUGUGUCUCCUCUAUAUCCUUCCAUCUACACUCUUCGUGCGAUGGUUCUCCCAGAGUCGAAUGACUGGAUUGAAGACGAAAGUCGCCGGCGUCUAUUCUGGAUGGUCUAUCUGCUCGACCGCUAUGCCACCAUUGCCACAGCUUUCGAGUUCGCACUUGACGACAAAGAAAUUGAUCGCAAAUUACCAUGCAGAGAUGAUCUUUUCUCGAGAAACCAACCCGUCGAGACACGUUGGUUCCACACAUCAGAAAGAACGGAUUACAGUCUCAACAGACCAGACAAUCUCGGCUCUCUCAGCUAUUACAUUGAGAUCGUCGGCAUCCUGUCAAGGAUACAUCGAUUCUUGAAGAAGCCGGUUGACAUCGGAGAUCUAUCAGAUGUUGAGCAAUGGCAACGCGAAUAUCGUGAGCUCGACAGUGCUUUGAACAGCUGGAAAUUCUCGCUCCCUAGUGAAUAUGGGAACAUGGCACGCGUGUUUAAUCCUAACGGCAGCAGCAAAAUUGUCAACUGUAUCUGGAUCAUGUUGCAUAUCACAUAUCACACUGCCGUCAUCCGUUUGCACUCAUCUGCUGCAUACCCUACCACCCGCUCCCCUAUCUUCACGCCGUCAUUUAGCGCUAGCCAAAGAUGUCACACCGCUGUCGAAGAUAUCUGCUCGCUUUGCACUUACGUCAGAAACAAUAACAUGCUUACUAACCUUGGCCCGCAUUUCGCCUUUUCGAUCUGGGUCGCAGCUCGGCUACUGCUUGUUCAUGGUUCUACGAUUGACCAUCAAGUCAAUCCUGCCAUAUACCCUCUUGUCGAAACGCUGCGAGAUAUGGGUCGAUACUGGAACGUCGCAGAAAGAUAUGCUACACUCUUGCAGCGUGUGCUCGACGAGUACAGUGAAUCCGAACGUGCGCCAAUUGGAGCUAAUGGUGAAAGAGUCACACCAUCAACAGUGAAGAUUCUUGCAGACAUGAGGCGGUGUGCCUACGAUCUGGAUUUUUUGAUCUCCAGGCAACCACGUCAGCAAUACAAUGGUGGUAAACAGCAUGCCAUCACGCCCGCGCGUACUCCAGCUCCACAGGAUUUGGAGUAUCUGGAUGUCUUCGACUUUUUCAACAUGCCUCGUCUUCCUGUGCCGAAUGAGACAGCCGGCAACAGUGGAGAGUUCCAGAUUCCAGAUCCGGGUAGCAACAGCGAGUUCAACAUCACGAAUUUUAUGUACGAUCCGACAGUCGAUUUUCUGAAUGUUCAAAAUCCAGGAACAUGA